CUUAAGCUAACAUGAAUGAAAUCCCUCGUAUGGGCACACUUCCCGCUCUCCACAGUUCUCCACACAGCACAACGAAAUACGCGAUGCCGCACCGACGGCAUUUCGGGUGAGGGAUCUUAAAUCGCGAUCGCUUCAAACACACAAACACGCGCGCGUAGGGCUGUUCGCGCUAUCUUGACAUCUUUUAAAAUAGCUCAUCCACGGAGUGGCACGGUCGCAGUCGUAUCCGCGCCAAUCAUCCGGGAAGGUUGCCGUGUUCGAGUUUGUGCAUGGACCCGCCCGUGUGGGACUCCACUUUCUCCGUAGUGCCGAGAGAACGCCACUUGAGGGCAUUUGUUGUGCUUAGAAGCGUGUGUUUGUCGCUAAAAAUAUCUAAUCGACCGUAAUUGAAGUCUACCGGCCCAUUUCCGUGUUUGACGGUGGUGUACCGAUGUGUUAAGACUUGUAAGUUUUGCGUUUGGAAAACGAGCGAGUACCAAGAUUUGCUAAUUUGGAACGCAAACUCCAGCAAUGGAUCCAAGUGCAUCGGUUGGGGAGGGUGAGGAUGGUACAUCGGCACCGGAGCAACGGCUGCUCUUUUCCGCGGUGGAUUAUGUCAUCUUCUUCUCAAUGCUCGGCAUGUCGGCACUGAUCGGUGUAUACUAUGGGUUCUUUGCCAAGCAGAAGCAAAACAAUACGACCGAAUAUCUGCUCGGCAGUAAGCAGAUGAAGGUGUUUCCUGUUGCCAUGUCGCUGACAGCGACCCACAUCUCGGCCAUCACGAUGCUUGGUGUACCGGCGGAGAUGUACAAGUACGGUAUACAAUACUGGGCCUGCUCCAUAUCCGGCCUAAUCGUGACCAUCUUCAUGGUGUACGUCUUUCUGCCGGUGUUCCACGAGCUACAAACAGUUUCCUGCUACAGCUACAUUGAGCUACGGUUCGACAAACGUACCCGUACACUAGCGAGCGGUCUCUUCAUGUUCUACUGUCUACUGAACACACCCGUUAUCAUCUACGCGCCCGCCAUUGCCUUCAGCCAAGUCACCGGUAUCAAUGUGCACAUCAUUACGCCGAUGAUUUGCUGUAUCUGCAUUUUCUACACAACAUUCGGCGGCAUACGUGCGGUAAUAUGGACGGACACGUUACAGUUCGGGGCCAUGCUGUGUGCACUGUUCGUUGUAAUGACACUCGGGACCUUACAGCUCGGUGGAGUGAUAAACGUGUUUCGACUAGCAGAGGCUGGAGGUCGUUUGAUAUGGUUUAACAUGGAUCCAGACCCUUACCUUCGGACCUCCUUCUGGUUAGUGUCGGUGGGAUUAACCUCAAUGUGGAUAUCGAACAUCGGUGUAACGCCAGAAUGUGUACAGCGUUUUUUGACCAUACCGGAUAUGUCAAGUGCCAAGAAGGCAGUCUGGAUCUUUGGUGUUGGUCACAUUCUCGUAAAACUGUUCUCCGUCUACAAUGGUUUACUGAUCUUCGGCAAGUACCAUGACUGCGAUCCUAUUCACGACGGCACGGUACAGAAGUAUGAUCAGAUUUUUGCCUACUAUGUGCUAGAUGUUGCACGGCACAUACCCGGCCUGCCGGGUCUAUUUGUGGUGGGUAUAUUCUCGGCCGCCCUUUCCUCUAUGUCUACCAGCAUGAACACACUUUCCGGCACACUGUUUGAGGACUUUAUCCGGCCGCGAUUUGCUCUCAAGGACAAAACGGCCAGCACGGUCGUGAAGGCCAUGGUGAUGACAAUCGGUGUGAUCUGCCUAUUGCUGGUGUUUGUCGUUGAACAGCUCGGCAGUAUCUUCAGCUUGGCCAUAUCCGUAUCCGGUGUUACCUCCGGUACGAUGCUCGGUAUCUUCUUUCUCGGCAUGUUCUCGCCGCACAUUAACGGGCGGGGUGCUUUCUGGGGUGCGAUCGUAUCGUUGCUAUCGCUCAGCGCAAUCGCUGUCGGUGCUCAGCUGGAGAUACUCGGAGGACAUCUGAAAUAUGAAAGUUUACCCUUCCGGUACGAUGGUUGCAGUGGAUUCAACGCAACAGGCCUGGAAACAAGCACCUUCUAUCGUGAUGCGGCAGGUCACGAUAACGCCGAGGUACCUUGGGUGUUUCGCAUUGGAUUCAUGUACUACUCCCUGCUCGGUACAAUCAUCGUCAUUGUUGUGGGUAUUGUGGUGAGCUAUGCAACAGGAGGACAGAAAGAACGAGUGCCACUUAAUCUGCUCACUCCGUGGGUUCGGCCACUGUACCGCACACUAGACUACACACCCGAAAAGGGCGAAUACAAACUAACGCGAAGUUGUGAAAUGACCGAUAUAGAGAAAAUCCCUAAAUGAAUCUCCCUCAACCGCACAAAACCUUAA